AUUUCAAUUUCAACUUUUUUUGCUUUUUCGUUUUCAAUGAAUCUGUUUUCUAAUAAUGGCCAAAUCCUCAUGUUUCUCGUUUUCUCAUUGUUCUUUUAGCUUCUCACUGGGUGUAAGCUGCCACAGAGAAAGAUUCAAGUAUCUGCAAAACAAGCUGCCUCAAACACACAGAUCUAAAUCCACCCCAAACGCAUCCUGUGCUUAUAGUGUCCGAGUCAGUUUGGCUUGUUCGUGCUGCAUAGAUUUCUGAAGAACAUUUUCCGUAAUUUCAGGAAGAGUGCGUUCGUCUGGAUUUUAUUUGAAAAAGAUUUGGCUCGACAGCAGAAAUGAAGGGUCGUGUACGAUGGGAUGAAACUAAUCUAGGGGAAAUCGAGGCAAACAAACCAGUAAGGCAGAAAAUAACAGAGCCAAAGACACCUUAUCACCCAAUGAUCGAUGAAGAUGAUUAUGGGUCUUUGUCUCCUGUACGGAAUAGCUCUGAAAAUGGCACUGGCAAUGGAAUUCAUGCUGAAGCUAUUCAGAGGGCAUUGAAAGAUGUUGAAUCCAGGAAUGACAAAACACGUCCAACUGGAUGGCCAUCUUCCGAGGAUGAGGCAGAUGAAAUGGAUGAAGAUGAUGAAGGUUCUGAUUCAGAAAGAAGCAGGCGCUUUAAGGAGCAUAGACGGGCCCACUACGAUGAAUAUAAACGCGUGAAACUCCUUCGGAAAGGCUCCCUUGGCAUGGAAGACGAAUCUGAUGAAGAGAGCAGUCAUGCAGUGGAGAAGAAAGACGAUGGAGGGGCUGGUUGUUCAUCAUCCACAGUAACAGCUGCAGGCGUUAAGGACAUGGAAACUGGAGAAGAAGAAGAAGAAGAAGAAGAAGAAGGUGCGCCCAAACAGUCUUCUUCUUCUUCUUCUUCUGCACCAACUGAUGGAGCUUAGAAGAAGAAGCUCAUCCCAGAACAACUAUCUUCUGACAUUAUUAAAAUUAGUUUUAAUUGCAUCAAAGUUAUUUCAUAUGUUUUUAUAUUAUCAUUCAGUGGGUUUUCCAUUGUUUUUUCACAAGUCUGAGAAAAAAAAUAUCCAUUGAGAGUAAGAAUGUAUUCCCAAAGGUAUUGCACUAAAGUGAUAGUACUCUCUAUGUUCCGUUCUUCUUUUCCAGUCUUCCUUUAUGAAAAGAAACUUGUGGCCCCUGA